UAUUACCAGUUCAUAUCUAAGCCCAAAGCUAACCUGAACACAAUUUACACCAUAGUCCUAAACCUGAGUCCUAAUAAAAAACAUUUAUUCUUAUGUGGCUUUUGCCCUGAUAGCAAUUACUCCCCAUGUAGUAUUUGAUAGAGAAAUGGUCAAAAUGGUUGCGUAAAAUACAAGGCCACACACACACAUGCAUACUAAAUCUAAUACUGGUAAAUAACUUAAUUGUCAUAACUUCAGAUGUGUGCAUGCAGAAAGUUUCGGUUCAUAAAGCGACAGUGUAGCUUGUUUGCAUUUGCUUCCAUAUAUGGUUUCUAACUAACAUCCAUAUUGAGAACCCACUUUGUUUCAUUGACAGCACAUUGUUAACUGCUUCAGUAACUUGUAUAAAUUUAAUAAAAUAUAAUGCACACAACUGCAAACAUGUAAAAAAUUUACACCACUUCAAAGAUGCACAAACAACUGGACCACUAAUCUUGCAAAAUGCAGGUUUUGGCUUAUCUGAUCCUGUAGAAAAAUCAUGCAAAAAAGAUGGCUGCUUUCCCAUGAAGGGUUGUGCUAUUUUUGUAACUUUCAUGUAAAUUAAAUCCCACGGAAACUUCUAGAGAAAGAACAGAUUAGUUUAUUUGCAAAAUGAUGCUGCCAAUACUACAAAAGUUAUGUUGAGGAAUGUUGUCACUUAAUUUGCAUUGGCACAGGACUUCCUCUUUGAGUUUUCUUUAUGCUACUGUGGUAUCAGGACAUUGAGAGCAGAACCUGUGGCUCACACCACAGCAUUCUCAAUCCCAGCACAACUCAGGAUGGAUACAUCAAAUUUCACUAUGGUCAAUAUUAACUUCUCUACUCCUGGAUUCCCUCAGCCCUCUUGGAACCAAGGUGGUCUGAUCCCUGCAGUGAUCUUUUCCUUCUGCCUUCUUCUCGGAGUUCCUGGAAACAUUGCUGUGAUUAUACUCAAGCCAAACUGGGAGCAUCUGUCCAGUCUGUGUCAGAGUUUAGUGCUGAAUCUUGCCAUUUCUGACCUGCUCAGUCUGCUGACCCUUCCACUGUGGAUUUACAACUUACUCUUUGGAUGGACAUUCGGCCUGGUAGCCUGCAAAGCUCUAACAUACUUUGUGUACUGUACAGUUUAUAGCAGCCAGUUGACUGUGACGGCGUUGAGCAUCCAGCGCUACCUUGUUGUUGUGCGUGGACGGCAGUGCUGUGUACAAAAAGGUACACUGUUGGUUCUGCUUUGGCUGGCAGCUGUUACUUUGUGCAUCCAUGCUGUGGUGGCUGAACAACUAAAGAAAGAUGGCCAAUGGAUCCGUUGCCUGCCUUGUUAUUCUUCUGACACAGAGUGGGUGGCUGUGCUGGUAACAGAGAACCUGUAUGGACUUAUUACAUUUUCACUUGUCACAUUCUCAUAUGUAUGCCUCCACAAAAAGGUUAACCGGUCAGCCUUUUUCAACAAUCCACAGACAACCAGGCUUGUUAUUAGUAUCACUGCAAGCAAUUUCAUUCUGUUUGCUCCAGUUCAUGUGGUCAAUGUGCUGGGCGUGUUGGCGAUAAGUCUAAAAAACAAGAAGCUACUGGAGUUUUGUGAAGACAGUUGGAGUGUAGCUAAGUCCAUUACAUUUAUUAAUAGUUCCCUAAAUCCACUCUUGUAUGCUUUUAUUUCUAUUAAAUUCUGUCGUCUUUGCCCAAAGGACUCCCCCCAUCCAGAUGAGGGGACUCCCCAAACACCUGACAUUGCUACAAUUGCAGAACUUUGA